CAGCAGUUCCUGACUUUACAGAGCAGCAGAGAUGAAGGAGCAAAGAGUCACCUAUGCAGAGCUGAAGCUGGCAAAGGUCUCAAAGAGGCCGCAAGUGAAACCUAAAGAGAGUAAAAGCUCCACUACUGUAACGGAGCAGGGAGUAACCUAUGCAGAAUUAAGUCUUCACAAUGCUGCUCGGGAUCCUCAGGAGAAUGGCAAGUCCUGUCACCUCAGAGGCUUAGCAGCACCUCCAGAGAAGCGUAUUGCUGGGAUCUUGGGACUCACCUGCCUUGCCUUGAUAUGCAUUAUUGUGCCAGUGUGGAUUAAUUUACCCGUAGCUACUAAUCCAGAGCAGAAUGAUUUCUCGACAGUAACAAACAUCGAGAAAGCAUGUCAUUGUGGCCCUUGUCCAAGGGAGUGGAUUAUGUACUCCAACAGCUGCUAUUACUUUGGUGCUGAAAAAAAAACCUGGAAGGAGAGCGUGACGGCCUGUCAGAGUAACAACUCUCAGCUGCUCUACAUAGACACUGAGGAAGAACUGAAAUUGAUGAACUCCAUAUCAGUUGCGUCAUGGAUUGGAGUCCACCGUAAUGAUAGUGAUCAGCCAUGGAAGCUCUUAAAUGGGUCAACUUCCCAGCUAAAGUGGGUUCUCGUGUCUGUAAACUGUCAACAUUUGUCUCCACUUUUUGUCCGUGUUUCCAUUUCUCUCCCUGCAGACCCACCUUUACCUCCAGGGCAGAUUACUGCUGAGGUCCUGGGGAUCAUCUGCCUGGUCUUGGUGUCCACGGUAAUAAAAACCAUAGUCCUUACUCCCGAACAGAAUGAUUUCUCCCCAGUAACAAACAUCCAGAAAGCAUGUCAUUGUGACCCUUGUCCAAAGGAGUGGAUUACGUACUCCAACAACUGCUAUUACUUUGGUGCUGAAAGAAAAACGUGGAGGGAGAGCGUGACGGCCUGUCAGAGUAAGAAGUCUCAGCUGCUCUACAUAGACACUGAGGAAGAAAUGAAAUUUAUGAAAUCCAUAUCAGUUGUGUCAUGGAUUGGAGUCUACCGUAAUGACAGUGGUCAGCCAUGGAUGUUCUUAAAUGGGUCAGCUUCCCAACUAGAGAUAAGAGAAAUUGAAGUUGCUAUUGAUCAAACUGCAAAGCACUGUGGUAUGCUACAGUCUAACUAUUAUGCGGAGAAUUGUGAAGCUCCAAAUUUGUAUUAUUGCAAGCAUAAGCCUUAAAUUAAAAAA